AUGGCAACUUACAUGAAUGCUUGGACUUCGAAUAGGUACACCAUGUACCCUUUUUCCACGCAAAAUGCUAAAGAUUAUCAGAAUUUGAUGGCUGUUUAUUUGGAUGCUGUUUUUUUCCCGCGUUUAGAUAAAUACGACUUUUUUCAAGAGGGAUGGAGGCUCGAACACGAAGAUCCAGAAGAUCUCACGACUCCUCUAAAAUUUAAAGGGGUUGUUUUCAAUGAAAUGAAAGGAGAUAUGUCAAGCACAGAAAAAAUUUAUUAUGCGAAAUACUUGCAAGCACUGUUUGGGAAUUGUGCCGAUGGUUACUAUUCUGGCGGAGAGCCUCUGGAAAUAGUUAAAAAGUUAACCUGGAAAAGGCUUCUGGAAUACCAUAAAUCUUUCUAUCAUCCCACCAAUAGCCGCUUCUUCACUUACGGAGAUUUACCUCUUGAGUCUCACCUGCAAUAUAUUGAUGAUAAUAUUCUUUCCAACUUUUCUUAUCAUCCCAUUGUUGUUGAACGUAAUGAAAAGUGUUGGACAGCAUCGCGUGAGAUUCGAAUGGAUUGCCCGUUCGAUCCAAACCUACCGGAAGACAGGCAAAUUCGUGCCUCCCUGAACUGGCCACUGCCGAAAGUUUCUUCUGUUUAUGGCCACUUUUCCCGCAGAGUGGUCUCGGAUUUGCUGCUUCUUGGCUCGUCUUCCCCGCUUUAUCAGGCACUUAUCAAAACUCACAUAGGGACUUCUUUCUCGCCUCUAAUUGGCUAUAAUCCGGGUCCAACGGUGCCAGUUUUCUCAAUAGGCCUCCAAGGACUCAAGGAAGAAGCCCUGGAGGAAAUGCAAAUUCGAAUAAAGGAAACUCUUACGAAGUGUCUCACCGACCAAAACCUUCAAGCCAAUUACGGCGGCUUACUGCACUCGUAUGAGCUUGAACGCCGCCAAGAGGUGGCUAGUUUUGGCUUAAAACUCGCAGCAAAUUUAAUGGAAUUUUGGUGUAAAGGCUAUAACAUGAGCGAAUUGCUGGAUACACGUGGUCAUCUCCGGCGCGUGAGGGAGGAAUUGGCCAAUAACUAG